AUGGAUGGCCCGAGCCAAGGACACAAAUGCCAGGGUGACUUGGUGGUUCCUUGCGCUCCAGGAUUUCCACUUCACCGUAAAACACCGAGUGGGGACGGCCAAUGCGAACGCCGACGGUCUCUCAAGGAUAUGGGCAGCUUUCGCAGAGGAGGCACACCUGCACCUGCUCAUCACGGGCUGAGCAGCCACGCCUGCGCCUCAUCAAACGCUGGCUUCAUAAGCCUCACCAAUGAACACAGAGUGCUUUAUUGUUUGUGUUGUUUAUGUUCCUCAGAGAAGCAUUACCUGCACUACAUGUUUACAGUCCUGACCAAAGCAGAUCUAUUCCCAGAGUUCACUGUUGUGGGUGUUGUUGAUGACAGACUGAUCUCAGACUACAGUAUUGAAGUUCCAGAUUGGACAAGACUAAUUCUGAUGGAAGAUUAUGGGGUUAUGACUCUUGUACAAUCAUGUGACUCUGCAGACUGGUUUAUGGAUCAGGUACACAUUCUGUCAAACUGCACAAAUUGUUCUGAGCUCCAUACAUUGCAGAGAAUAGUUGGUUGUGAAGUGGAGAAGUUUCCUAAUGGAACAGUGAAGAGUCUGAAUGUCUUUGAUGAAUAUGGAUUUGAUGGAGAGGAUCUUAUUGCCUUUGAAAAUGACACAAUGCUGUGGAUUGUUAAAAGUCCCAAAGCCAAAGAAAUGAAAAAGAAAUGGGACCUUCAGAUAGGACGAAACCAGUUCAUCAAGGAUUAUUUUGGGAAAUGCAUGGAAUGGAUCUUAACAUUUAACAACACACAUAAGGAUUCACCAGAGGUUUACAUCUCUGCAAGGAGAGAUCCUGAUGAUCACACAAAGCUGAAUCUGAGCUGUCUGACCACUAGUUUCUACCCCAGAGAUAUUGAGAUGAACAUCAGAUUGAAUGAAUCUGUUCUUGACAACCAAACAUCUUCUGAAAUCAGACCAAAUGCUAAUAAAACAUUUCAGAUGAGAACCAGUGUGAAGAUCGACAUAAACUCUCAAGGAUAUUAUGACUGUUUUGUCAUUCACAGCAGUCUGACAGAACCAGCUUCAGUAGAAUGGGAUGGAACAUGCUCUACAUUUGAGACCGAAUCUGAUCAGACCUUUAUAGUAAUACUUUCGGUUUCAGCUAGCUGA